AUGCCUAUCGCGAAGCUGAAUAUCGACACCGUGCGCCUACUCGGUUCUUCUGUCACGAUCUCAGACCCCCCAUCCCUUGUCAAGGAGCUCCUCGACAACGCGAUAGAUGCCGGCACAACGACUAUAGAGGUGCUGAUCUCGCCCAACACCGUCGACAGAAUCCAUGUGCGGGACAAUGGCGCCGGUAUACCGGCUGAGGACCUCGCGUCACUAGGCAAGAGAGCGCACACGAGCAAGCUACGCUGCUUCGAGGACCUGGUGGGAACACGUACGUUGGGAUUCCGCGGAGAGGCACUCGCAAGUGCCAAUGCCGUGUCUAAAGGAGGCUUGACGAUCACGACAAAGACCGGUGCGGAUAGCGUCGCUACGAGAGUGAAGCUCAACCCACGAGGGGGCGGCGUGGCAGAGCAGAAGCCAGUCCCCGCGCCGCAAGGGACCACGGUACUGGUGGAGGGAUUGUUCGACAACAUUGCAGUCCGUAAGCAGCAGGCCAUCAAGGAGAGCCGAAAGGCCCUGGCAAGAACAAGGGACCUGUUGCUGUCUUAUGCUUUGGCUAGACCUCAUGUGAAGUUGAACCUCAAGGUCCCAGGAGAACCGAAGCAACAAUGGUCGUAUUCGCCUGGGCCGAACCCCACGGCCAAGCACGCCGUCAUGCAGCUUCUGAGCAAAGAAGUGAGCGCGCAGUGUGCGGUUGUCCAGAAGAAGUGGGUUCUUGAAACAGCUGGCUCUACGAAACCGGAUGAGCAGCCUACCAUCUCUGUCGACGCAGUACUCCCAAGUACAGGUUGUGACGAGGCCGCGAUUAGAGGAAAAGGCGCAUUCAUGUGUAUUGACUCACGCCCCAUGACGUCUACACGAGGUACCGGUCGCAAAAUUAACAGCCUUUUCAAGAGUCAUUUCAACAAAGCCAUGGGGAGGAGCGUUGCAGCCCCCUUCAUGCAGCUUAGUAUCCAGUGUACUGUUGGGGCUUACGACCCUAACAUUGCCCCCCUGAAGGACGAGGUCCUGUUCACGGACGAGCAGAAAAUCCUGGACUGCCUAGAAGAGCUCUGUUCCAACUUUUAU